AUGGCCAAGUACCAUCUGUCGCUACAAAGCUCUACCCAGGUCGCUUUAUCUUUUGCCAUUAAGCCGACUCUGCAGCUGGCGUUUGUGUCGCUGACGCUGUUCAACAUGCUGCACACUGAAUUUUUCACAAAAACCCCAAUGGGCAUCUCCGACGCGUCAGAUGCAUCUACAAAUGACAUGCUGGCCAGUGCCAGGGAUGGUACGUUCAGAUUUAUACCUGUCUACGUGCAGCCGACGCUCAGCAAUAUCUACAUCGAGUGCAAGCGCAGUGAGCUCGUUGCAGUGAUUGGCAGGGCCGACUCGGGCAAGUCGUCACUCAUGUCAGCAAUUCUCAGCGAAAAUAUAAUUGACCUGCCAGGUGGCCAAAAGGCGCGAGUGUCGCUGGGACAUGCAAUGUACUCACGAGCUGAUAUCUACAUUCUCGACGACCCACUGGCUGCCGGAUAUUGUUUGAAUUAA